UCACUCCUGAGCUGACCACGCUCAUGCCGUGCGCGUACACGUGAGGUGCGCGCCGCCGUUCCUGCGGAAUUCAGGAGGCUGUGGUCGGACUCCGAAAGACUCCCACCUAGAAAAUAAUGAACAACAAAUUUGACGCUCUGAAAGAUGAUGACAGUGGAGACCACGAUCAGGACCAAGGCUCACCGAAAGACAGUGAGAAGGAAAAAAACGAGGACGAAGACAAGGAACAGAGCAUCUCCAAGAAAAAGAUGGUGGUGCCGGGGGCAGGAGAGCAUCCUCUUCAAUACAACUACACCUUCUGGUACUCCAGACGCACCCCAGGGAGACCAGCCAGUACUCAGAGCUACGAACAGAACAUUAAACAGAUUGGCAGCUUCGCCUCGGUGGAGCAGUUCUGGCGUUUCUAUAGUCACAUGAUCCGGCCAGGUGACCUAACAGGCCAUAGUGACUUCCACCUCUUCAAGGAGGGGAUUAAACCCAUGUGGGAGGACGAUGCCAAUAAGAUGGGUGGGAAGUGGAUCAUUCGGCUUAGGAAAGGUCUGGCAUCCCGGUGCUGGGAGAACCUGAUCCUGGCCAUGCUUGGGGAGCAGUUCAUGGUAGGAGAGGAGAUCUGCGGGGCUGUGGUGUCAGUACGCUUCCAGGAGGACAUCAUCUCCAUCUGGAACAAAACUGCUAGUGACCAGGCGACCACUGCCCGCAUCAGAGACACCCUGCGCCGAGUCCUCAACCUGCCUCCCAACACCAUCAUGGAGUACAAGACUCACACAGACAGCAUUAAUGUGAAUGGUGAAGUGCUGCAUCCUUUUUUUGUGCACAGAGCCUGGGAAGACUUCCAUGGUCUGGUGAAUGCUAGUGGAGGACGUUAGCCCCUCAAACAGAGAACCUCUGCAAGAGUGUGUGUAUAUCUGAUGUGUUGGGGGAAGACGAGUCCAGGAAAGGAUACCUCUACGUGGAUUGGUACUGUGUAGUAUGAAGACAGGAACAGAGGCACGAAGACCAUUCCUUCUAGUCUCUAAUUGGAAAUGAAGAGAAGAAGCCUGUCAACAGAACGCUGAACCAAGCCGAAGAGAGAAAUAUGCGUUAUUUUUAAUCAACCAGAGAAGAACGAAGCCUCCAGUUUUCUUUUUUUUAAAUUUUCUUUUUUAAUGCAAGUUGUAACAUCUGUUAACUUGCCACCAGAGGGAGGCCACGUGACUGGUGUUUUCUGAUCUGGUCAUUAGCUGUUAACAAAGUGUACUUGACAAAAUACGACAAAACCAAUCUGUUAAAUACUAGAUCAGAUUUUAUUGCUUAACAUAACAUCACAUUUCCUGCUGUCAAGAUCAGUUUGUGUUAAUCUUGUUUCAUUGGGACUCAAACAGGGUUGCAGGUAGAUGUUAUUUUAUUACAGUGCUGUAUUUUAACUACAAUUCCUCUGGUCAUUUCGAACUAGAAUAAUUACUAUUAUUGUGUAUGAUAUAUUUGUAAAUACAGUCCACGUCAAAGAUCACUUAACAGAAUCAGCAAUGAUUCUCUGUCUUUGACCUGGAAGUUGAAUCCCAAAGGAUGAGGACCAUCCUGUGCUGGGCAGAAGGUUGUAUAACCGGCAUCUUAAGAAUGGACUGCCAAGCUGCCUAAAUCACUGUGCCUGGCCUCGAGCCCAACCCGUACCAGUUUUUUCCUUUUGUCUUUAUCCGCCUUUAAUGAAUCCAAGGGAUGGGCUUUGCUUUAAUGUCCUCAACAAAGGUGUACAGGAGUCCUGAAACGGUGUCCUUCACUCCUUUUCCAUUUUGUAGUAAAAGAAAUGAAAUUGGGCCCAGGGUCAGGGUCUGUUUUUAUCAAUUCCUCGGGAGCAUUUUUUUUUUUUUUUUUUUUUUUUAAACCAUUUCAAGAAAGCAACUGUGGUUUGGUGAAAAACUGCAACGCUGCCCGUGUUUGGUGGUGUGCUGAUGGGUGCAGGUGUGUGUCAAAAGUGAAGAACCACUGUCGGAUGUACACCUGAUGGAUUAUAGCAAUAAAUGUCAAAUAUGCAUCUGCUGCUAAA